GACAUAGUUGACAUUUCUCAAACAAACCAAACAAAUUUUUAAAACGUCAAUUUUAUUGCAUGAUAUGAGGCGGUAUUUUUUCUAAUUUUAAUCACUUUUUCCAGAUAUUUUUGUUAUAAAUUUGUGAUAUACAAGCUUAAUGGCCAGCACGGGAAGUAUGUCAAACAAUGUUGAGAACCUGUCUCCUCAAAUAAUUCGAGGAAUCGCAAGGGAGAUGCAAGAGCUGGUUAAUAAUCCCCCGGAAGGCGUUAAAGUUCAAAUUAACGAGGAAGAUGUUACCGACAUUCAAGCAUUUAUUGAAGGCCCUUCAGGGACUCCCUAUAAUGGUGGUAUUUUCAAGAUAAAACUGAAUCUUGGAAAGGGAUUUCCGACAGAACCACCCAAAGCCUAUUUUUUAACUAAAAUUUUUCAUCCAAACGUAGCAAUAAAUGGAGAAAUCUGCGUUAACACUUUAAAAAAGGAUUGGAAAUCUGAUCUCGGAAUUAAACAUAUUUUACUUACUGUCAAGUGUCUUUUAAUAGUGCCCAAUCCAGAAUCAGCCUUAAACGAAGAAGCAGGUAAAUUGCUGCUGGAACACUACAAUGACUAUUUUCAAAGGGCUAAAAUGAUGACUGAAAUACAUGCUCAGCCUCACAAGAGUAAAGGCGUAUUAGCUGAUGGACCAUUGGCUAAAAAACCAGCUACCGACAAAAGUAAAUUAACAGCAGAAAAGAAAAAAAUUCUCAAAGAUAAAAAGAGAACUCUAAAACGUUUAUGAAGAGUUCUGAGCAUGCUGAAAGGUUUAGUGUAAUAUUUUUAAGUUUGAAUGUGAAUAAAUGUUUUUCAUAUUUUUCCAUUUAAGUGUUCUUGAAAUUAUACAUGUAUUUUUGACUUAUUUUAAUUUUUAAUGUAAAUGUUUUGUCUAUUCAGGCCUAUUGUAUGUUGCAAAUCUUUCCAGAGUGAAACUGUUUUAAGUUAAUAAAAAAAAGAUGUCAUCCAUAUAUUAUGUAUAAAGCAACAAUAUUUUUCCUU